AUGAGUUGUGGACGACAUAUAUGUGCGGAGCACUGCUGCUCAGGUGAACGCAAGGCCAUUGAAAGACAGACAACCAAACGUAAAGCAAGGCCUCUCGGUUCUACACAGAAUCGUGCAGCGGAAAACGACAUCGAAGCCGAACACAUCUGUACCCGUAUCUGUGGUCGUAUGUUGAAGUGUGGCAGGCACACUUGCCCUGAACUUUGUCACAAGGGCCCUUGUGGCACUUGUCGAGAGGCUAUUUUCGAAGAAAUCUCCUGUCAUUGUGGUCGUUCCGCGUGUGGAAAAUCCAAGAAGAUUUGCGGCCACUCUUGUUCCGAACCAUGUCACGCCCCAUUCGCGUGCGCUGAAAAGCAACUCUGCCCUACUAUGGUCAUGAUUACCUGCCCAUGUGGCCGACUCCGUAAGGAGAAGCGCUGCAAUGCCGGUCGAGCUGUAACGAGUAAAGGCCAAACCACUCAAAACGAAACUCCGCCGUCGAUCAUGACUCUCAAGUGCGACGAGGAAUGUGCUCGUCUUGAACGGAACAGGUCUCUUGCUUCUGCGUUGAAGGUCGAUAUUGAUCCAUCCACAACGUUGAGUCAAACUACAUCCCAGUUGCCCGGUAACAGCACAAACAUGCCUUAUUCAGAGGAAACACUCGACUUGUAUGUCCAGAUUUCAUCAUCAGCGACCCUCUCCACUCUCCAAGAUUACGAAGCGACACUCCAUAGUUUAGCAGCAAGCACUACUCAGAGAUCGGUCCGAUUCCAACCGGCCAAAGCACCUCUUCGCGCAUUCGUGCACUCUCUUGCUGCGGACUGGGGCUUCGCUUCCGAGAGUUUUGAUCCUGAACCACAUCGUCACGUCUUCGUUUUGAAGCCGACACAAUGGUCUUCGCCCGGUUUGGGGCUAGGCUCAGGAAUCGGCAUUCGAGGAAUAUCUGUCGGCGAAUGUGUACGUAUCCGCGACCGCGAACUUUUCAAGGAGCGGGAAGCGCGACGCGUCGCUGCUGCUGAAGCAAAGGCAUUGCGAGAUGCGUUGAAGAUAACAUCUACCGAAGGGACUGAUGGUAACGGAGGAUGGGCGCAGGUAGCUUCUUCCCGGAAACGGCAAACAGACAGCAACUCGCCAGCCAACAUAACUCGAUCCGGUACUCCACUGACAGGACUUGGUGGUCGCGGCAUCGGUAGUACUGGAUCGAUGUACGCAGCUUUGGGACUCGAUGUUGCAUCGUCUUUCGGCAAUACCUCAUCUAAGAAGAAAGACGGCCUUCUUGUCCUUCGUUCUGGAGUAGGAUCUUCAAAGAAGAAAUCCGAGCAGCAUCAGCAGAAUUAUGAGGAUCUUGCCGACAGCUGGGAGGAGCAAGUAGAACAUGAGGAGCAGCGGGAGAAGGAGGAAGAAGAAGAGAGACGGCGGUCUAGUGAAGAAACAGAACGGAUAGACUCUGAGUAGCAGAUCCUGACGGACCAGAUUGUUGUUUCGACAGAGUAACAGACCACGGCUUGUUAUACGUAUUAUGAGAUUACGAUGCUUUAUGAUACAUGUCGAUAGCGACAUAACUUUGAUCGUUUACUUC